AUGGCGGCUGGUGUCGCCUCGGGCUUCCUGUACUUCGCCUGGCGAGAUCCUGGCCGAGAGAUCAACUGGAAGCACUUUGUGCAUUACUACCUGGCCAGAGGAGUGGUGGAACGACUGGAAGUGGUGAACAAGCAGUUUGUGCGGGUGUUCCCUGUCCCCGGAGCUGGCUUAGAGAAGUAUGUCUGGUUCAACAUCGGCAGCGUGGAUACAUUUGAGCGGAACUUGGAGAUGGCUCAGCUGGAGCUGGGGAUCGACAGCAGCCACUGGGUCCCUGUGGUCUACAGCACCGAAAGCGAUGGCUCCUUCUUCCUGAACAUGGUCCCCACCCUGCUGCUGGUGGGAUUUCUGCUGCUCACGCUUAGACGCGGGCCGUUGGGCAGUGGGCGUGGUGGGCGAGGGGGAGGGAUCUUCAGUGUCGCUGAGACCACGGCCAAGAUCCUGAAGGACAACGUUGACGUGAGGUUCAAAGACGUGGCUGGCUGCGAAGAGGCCAAGCUGGAGAUCAUGGAGUUUGUCAACUUCCUGAAGAACCCCAAGCAGUACCAAGAUCUUGGGGCCAAGAUCCCAAAGGGUGCAAUGCUGACCGGCCCUCCAGGCACAGGGAAAACCCUCUUGGCCAAAGCUACUGCUGGGGAAGCCAACGUCCCCUUCAUCACAGUGAAUGGCUCCGAGUUCCUGGAGAUGUUUGUUGGCGUUGGGCCUGCUAGGGUGAGCUUGAAGGGGUUCAACAGCAGCACAAACGUGGUGGUGCUUGCAGGCACCAACCGCCCUGAUGUCCUAGACCCGGCGUUGAUGAGACCAGGACGCUUUGACCGGCAGAUUUAUAUCGGCUUCAACAGCAGCACAAACGUGGUGGUGCUUGCAGGCACCAACCGCCCUGAUGUCCUAGACCCGGCGUUGAUGAGACCAGGACGCUUUGACCGGCAGAUUUAUAUCGGCCCACCAGACAUCAAAGGCAGAGCAUCUAUCUUCAAAGUUCACCUCCGGCCACUCAGACUGGACGCAGACAUCAACAGGGACGCUCUGGCUCGAAAGAUGGCUGCCCGGACUCCGGGAUUCACAGGUGCCGACAUCGCCAAUGUUUGCAACGAGGCUGCCCUGAUUGCCGCCCGCCUCGCUAGCCCCAGCGUGGACGCCAGGCACUUCGAGCAAGCCGUCGAGAGGGUCAUUGGGGGGCUCGAGAAGAAGACCCAAGUCCUGCAGCUGGACGAGAAGGCCACGGUGGCUUACCAUGAGGCCGGUCAUGCUGUGGUUGGGUGGUUCUUGGAGCAUGCUGAUCCCCUGCUGAAGGUCUCCAUCAUCCCCCGGGGGAAAGGACUGGGCUACGCGCAGUACCUGCCCCGGGAGCAGUUCCUCUACACCCGCGAGCAGCUUUUUGACCGCAUGUGCAUGAUGCUGGGCGGCCGUGUUGCCGAGCAGCUGUUCUUCGGCCGUAUCACCACCGGUGCCCAGGAUGACCUCCGGAAGGUGACCCAGUCUGCCUAUGCUCAGAUCGUGCAGUUCGGCAUGAGUGACAAGCUGGGCCAGGUCUCCUUUGCCCUUCCGCAGCCGGGGGAGCUGGCCCCUGAGAAGCCCUACAGCGAAGCCACCGCGGAGCUGAUCGACGAGGAAGUGCGCGCCUUGAUUCACGCGGCCUACCAGAGGACCUUGGAGUUGCUGACCAGCUGCCGCGAGCAGGUGGAGAAGGUAGGAAAGCGUCUCCUGGAAAAGGAGGUCCUGGAGAAGGCAGACAUGGUGGAAUUGCUGGGGCCCAGGCCUUUUGCGGAGAGGUCCACCUAUGAGGAGUUUGUCGAGGGGACUGGGAGUUUCGAGGAAGACACCUCCCUCCCCGAGGGCCUGAAGGACUGGAACUUGGAGCGGGAGGCGGAGAGCGGAGAGGAGAGGGCUCAGCAAAAGGCGCCCUAGAGAAGGGGUCAGCGGCGCUUUUGCCAGGUUGGCUGCCAGGCCUCCCAAGAGAUCCUCUUGCUUGGAUGUCCCAGUGGGGCAGGGGUGUGGAGAGACUCUUAUCUGGAACUCCAGAACUCAGCUCUGCCUUGCCAAGGAAGGACGGGAGCUGGCGCUGAGCCGGGUGCAGGUGGCACUGUGCGCAAACACACACGCAACCUGUCUGGAAGGAGUGACUGCCAAGUGCUUCCACCAAAGGACUCUGUCUGCAGCAUAAAGUGCAGAAUGCCUUUCUGCGAGUGUGUGUGGUGGGGGGACAGGCACCCCUCCUCUAGACUGUCCGAAAACUGCCUCUGUGCCUCCUUCACCUUGGGGCAGAAGAUGCAGUGGGCAAGGAAGGUCAGAGGAGGCUUGGAGCCACCCCGGCUGGGAUCGCUGGCCCUGGGGCCAAGGGCAGCUGUUCUGUGCUUUGGGGCCCUUUCCUCCAGCCUCCCCCCUCCCUUGGCGUUUGCCCUCCAGCCAGACGAGAGAGGGUAAGGUGGGGGGCCCCGAGACCCAGCGGAGGAUGCAAGUGGUGUGAGCCUCAAGGGCUUUAAAGUUCCGUGGACUUGCCCGUGGUGUGUGCGACACACAGAAAGGCUGCUGCACAGGAGAGCAAGGGAUCAAAAGUGGGAAGGUCUAUGAGGAUCAAGCCCCACUGAGCUGGGGCCGAGUAAGAAAAUGGUGUUUGUUAAAAUGGUGCUACUUGAAUCCUUGACCCCGCUGUCUUCUUGGCUGCUGGGCCUGGGAGCUCUUAGCACAGCCAGUGUCCCCGCUCACAUUGAUUUGAGGCUGCCCCACUCGA